UCUAGAGGGGCUAAUCUAGAACAAAAAGACAUCUUAAUUAAUUAAUAUGAACUAUGAUGAUGCAAUGAAUGAAUACCCAUUUGGUGAAAAUAAAAAGAACGUUACGUACGUGGCUGCUAUAUAAAUAAUAUAACAUAGCCAAAGCCCAAAGGAGGGUCGUGUUCUAUUAUGUUUAACAGUUUAAGUGAAAUGAGAAAUAAGCAAAGAAACAGAGAUAUGAAGAUGAGAGGAUCUGUUCAGAAGAAUCUACUGAUGGUUAUGAUGGUUUUAACAGUUGCAGCGGCGGCUCGAGGUGAAGGCGGGUUCGUGAUAUGGGGCGAUAACUACUACACAACAUGGGGACAUCCAGCUUUGGUUAUUAAUGAAACCUCUGAGCUCCAGCUCACCCUCGAUCAUAAAUCUGGGUCCGGGUUUGAGUCCUACAAGAUAUACGGAUCAGGAUCUUUCAACAUGAGAAUCAAGUCACCCAAAACCAAGUCGACGAAAGUCACCACUUCCUUCUACCUAAGAUCCAAAUCAAGCCGCAAUGACGAGCUCUGUUUCCAGAUUUUUGGAAACGGGCCAGCGUAUUUGCUGAAUACAAAUAUAUUUGUAUACGGAGAAGGAGAUAAAGAUCAGAGGUUUCGUCUUUGGUUUGAUCCAACCAAAGAUUAUCAUUCAUAUAGGUUUCUUUGGAACCCAUAUCAAGUUGUGUUCUAUGUUGAUGAUACACCGAUCCGGGUGUACAGAAAGAAUCCAGACAUUUACUACCCAUCGGUGCAGACAAUGUUCAUGCAUGGCAGUGUGGAAAACGGAACAAUGGUUGACAUUAAGGAUAUGUCUUACACUGCUAAGUUCCAGGCAUCAAAGAUUGAUGGGUGUGCAACUGAGUUUAUGAGCAUAGAGAAAUGCUUUGGUCUUGAAUUCUGGUGGAACCGUAAAGAAAAUUGGGAGCUAAGCUCUAAACAGAGGAAACUGUAUAUGAAUGCAAGGAAGAUAUACUUGGAUUAUGACUAUUGCUCGGACAAAAAGAGAUAUCCAAAGGAUCCUCAAGAAUGCAGAAGUUACAAUUAGAGAAAGAUCAAUGCUUGUCAAAGAGUCAUCAGCCUAAAAAAAACGAAAAAGUUCUGAGACAAAAAAAAAGUGUUAUUGUAACAUGCUUUGUAAUAAGCUGUUACUAUCAAAUAUUAAAAGUGCUGAGAUAAGAUAUGCGCCUUGUGCGGGAUGAAGUUGUUAUUUUUAUUAUGUUUCGGAGAAUGAAACAAUAGUUCGGUUUCAUUUGGAUUAGGGGUGUUUAAUCCGGAUAUCGGGUUGGUUUCGGUUCAAUUCGGUUUUUUCAGUA